AUGUAUUUAAACAAAACCUGCGAUAAUAUCAAAAGUAUAGCAAUCGACACAAUCAGUUGCGGUACUAAAUUAAAGUAUCAAUUAUUAUCAUUAAUUAGACCACAAUUGUUACGUUGUGUCAAAUUGUUGUUYAUAUUUGACACAAACGGUUCGGAUGUAUUGCUCAUCACAACCGAUGAUGAAGUGUACGGAUUUGGCCAAAAUAAAUUCGGGACACUCGGAUUGGGUCACUACGAACAGGUAAAAGUAGUCACCCGAGUGGACACAUUAUGUGGCAAACAGAUGUAUCAAUUCGUUAGCGGUUAUGAUUUUAUGGUAGGUCUUACUGAAUCGGGCGAAGUGUAUACCUGGGGAAUGGGACACAAAGGACGGUUGGGUAAUGGUCUCAAUGAAAAUCAUGUGUUUAAGCCCAAGAAAAUUAUCGUAGAGAAGGCCACCGAUCUUAAAGUGGUGGACAUUAAGUGUACGUAUUGCUCGACAAUUUUGUUGACCGAUAGGGGACAGAUCUAUUGGUUCGGAUAUAAAGGGUUCAACAAUAGUGAACAGUUGACACCAAUAUGUAUUACCGGUGCCCAAAAUAUUGGCGCAAUCAGUUCACUUGACUGUGGCGUUGAUCACAGCAUUGCAUUGACCAACACUGGACAGGUGUAUACGUGGGGCAGAAAUGAUAUGAUGCAAUUGGGUUUGGGUCAUAGCAGACAYGUCAAUGUGCCCGCACUGAUUGAAUUGGACAGUAGUAUUUUAAUUAAAAAGAUAGCAUCUGGCUCCAAUCAUAAUUUACUACUYACAUCUACCGGAGCUAUCUAUACAUUUGGUGGCAAUAUUAGCGGUCAACUGGGAAUUGGCACACAUGACAAUCAAAAUCAACCACAACUUAUUGUAAGUCAUAACAAGUUUGUCGACAUCUAUGCGAACGAUCAGAAAUCGAUGGCACUGUCCGAUAAAGGUUUUGUCUAUAUAUGGGGUCAAACCAAAAAAAAUAUUAUUGUACGACCAGAGCGAACUGAAUACCAUUGCUUUCAAACGGCAAUCAAUCACUAUUUCAAACCAGUAUUCACUUACCGGCCGCUAACCAAUGACCAGUUGUUUGAACGCAUCAAUCGUGUUCAGCAAACAAUUGCCGGGGCUUUUAAUAACCAAAAAUAUAGUGAUUUAACUUUUAARAUACAAAAUCGAUUGGUUUUCGUACACAAAUGGUUUGUUGUCCAGUGUUGCAAACAUUUUGAUCUAAUGUUCACCAAUGAAUGGCUGGAAAAACGUACCAAUAUUAUUGAGAUCAGUGGACAUACCUAUGAAGGCUAUUAUGAGUUCCUUCAAUAUCUCUAUACUGAUGUGUUUGACACCAAUAGUGUGGAURUACUUAUAGAUGUUUUGCAUAUCUCCGAUGAAUAUAUGGAACCCAAUGUUAAGCUCCGGUGUGUGCAACACCUGAAACCUACGAUUACUAUGGAUAACGUAUGUACACUCUAUACGGCAGCGCUUAUGUAUAACUCGACACAACUGGAGGUCUACUGUUUCGAGUUUAUGGCCGACAAAAUGUUUGACAUUAUUUCAACUGAUUGUUAUAAACAAAUGCCCGAUAAAUAUGCAAAACAUUUGCUCACUGAUUAUGUAUGGUAUUUGCAUGAAUUAACCGAUAGACAAAUGUUUAACAUUUAA